AUGUAUUCAAAAUCCCCCAAAAUCUUUAAUUUUCUAUUACUUUCAUUCUUAUUAUAUUUUAUCCAAAUUUCAUUAUGUGAAGUUGAAUCCAACGACAAACGAUUUUCACCUUCAUCACACAAUAAUAUCGAAAAGAGAGCACUUUCAGCUGGAGUAGUUUUUCAAUAUACCUUUGGAGGUAUCGCACUUGGCCUAUUUGGGUUGUUUCUCCUUUUAUGUUUUGGAAUAUCUUUUUGUUUAAAUAGAAAGGCAAUGAGUGGCGUUAUACUUUCGAUACCAUGGACUUUAUUGGAUUUUAUUCUCGAUGCACUUUUUGUCAAAAAUCAAGGGAAAGAUGUUCCUUCACUUUAUGUGCCAAGUAUCAUAUUUUUGAUAGGUCCAGUGAUUGUGAAUAUUGUACUUUCACUCAUGAUAAUAAUUAAUGAAAAAAAGAAGGGUUCCACAGAAUUUAGACGAUGGUUUUAUGAUAAUUCAUCAUUUGCAGCAACAGCCGCAGUACUUGCAGGAGCUGAUAUGUCAACGUUGAAAUUACUUUAUUCAGAGAUUUUUAGAAUGAAAAAGUUUAAUGCUCCAUUUUCUGAUGAUUCUAAGACCAUGAUAUUAUGGGGUUGUGUCAUAAGUUCUAUUAUUGCAGAUAUACCUCAAUUUGUUAUUCAGAUUUUGUAUAAAAGGGAAGUUGAAGGCGAUUAUACAUUAAUACCGUUCUUAAAACUUAUUACAAUUUCAGUAAAAUUACCUAUAGCCAUAAUAGGUCGUGUAUUUGAAGCAUUAAAAGAUCGUCGUAAACCUGAUAAACGAAGAAAUAAUGAUAAUGAUAACAAUAAUGAUAAUAAUAAUAAUGAUGUGGAAAAGUAA